ACGGCACGCGACGGCCAGGACGAGUGUUGAACUGCCAGGAGAAAGAACACAAGAAGUUUCCGCCUCUAAUCUUAGUCGUAUUUGCCGUUGGUCCUCCUCCUUCUGCGCCUGCAGGCAAACACUUGCCCGCAGCGUCGAAGCUCAUAGUUCGGACAGAUUAUGAAUGCUUCCCAGAUCAGGGAACUACGGGGGAUAAAUUUACAGACUACGAGUGCUCUACUGGCGACGCC